AUUAAUUUUAAGAGCUUUCACUCUAAUUUCCCCAGUAACUUCUAAGCCAAUUCUUCCUGAGACUAUGUCCCAGACGUUUUUCUCUCAGUUCUUCAGUGCGUAUCUCAAUAGCGUACUGCGAACUCGUAGUAGAGCCCUGACUCGACCAGGAAGUGCUCUGAUUCUCUGCACGAAACAGAAGCAAUAACACAAGAAAAACGAACGCGACAGGAAAGACACGCAAGCGGUGGAGGAAACCGCCGCCACGACUCGCUUCGCGCAUGCGCAGGGAUGGUUGUUUUUCACAAAGCUGUUCUUAAAGUGAGCUGGCAGUGUGUAGGCUAGCUGCCUUUGUAAGGAUAUCGCAGCGUUGGGCGGCUGCCGUUGUCUUCUCAGUAAUUCCGAUGAAGCGUUCGUAGGGGACACGCUGAUCUUGUUGUAUAUUUUUAUACACUUCGUUAAAAAUCAUGGUGCUGGGGAAGGUGAAGAGUUUGACAAUAAGCUUUGACUGUCUCAGUAACAGAAAUAUCCCCGUGUAUUCUAGCGGGGACAUAGUCUCAGGAAGAAUUGGCUUAGAAGUUACUGGGGAAAUUAGAGUGAAAGCUCUUAAAAUUAAUGCAAGAGGACAUGCAAAAGUACGUUGGAGCGAAUCUAGAAAUGCUGGAUCCAACACUGCCUACACACAAAAUUACACCGAAGAAGUAGAAUAUUUUAACCAUAAGGACGUUCUAGUCGGGCAUGCAAGAGAUGAUGACAACUCCGAAGAAGGCCUUCACACCAUUCAUUCAGGAAGGCAUGAAUAUGCAUUCAGCUUUGAGCUUCCACAGAUACCACUUGCUACCUCAUUCGAAGGCAAACACGGCAGUGUGCGGUAUUGGGUGAAAGCUGAAUUACAUAGGCCUUGGCUUCUACCAGUAAAAUUAAAGAAGGAAUUUACAGUUUUUGAACAUAUAGAUAUCAACACUCCUUCGUUACUGUCACCCCAAGCAGGCACAAAAGAAAAAACUCUAUGUUGUUGGCUUUGUACCUCAGGCCCAAUAUCUUUAAGUGCCAAAAUUGAAAGAAAGGGCUACAUCCCAGGUGAAUCAAUUCAGAUCUUUGCUGAGAUUGAGAAUUGUUCUUCCCGUAUGGUGGUGCCAAAGGCAACCAUUUACCAAACGCAGGCAUUCUAUGCCAAAGGGAAAAUGAAGGAAGUCAGACAGCUUGUUGCCAACCUCCGUGGGGAAUCCUUGUCAUCUGGCAAAACAGAAACCUGGAAUGGCAAACAGUUGAAAAUUCCACCUGUUUCCCCUUCAAUCCUUGACUGUAGUAUAAUCCGUGUGGAGUAUUCACUGAUGGUAUAUGUUGAUAUUCCAGGAGCUGUGGAUUUAUUCCUUAACUUACCACUGGUCAUUGGUACUAUUCCUCUACAUCCAUUUGGUACCAGAACAUCAAGUGUAAGCAGCCAGGGUAGCAUGGACAUGAAUUGGCUUGGUCUGACUCUGCCUGAAAGACUAGAAGCACCUCCUAGCUAUGCAGAAGUGGUCACAGGGGAAAACAGACAGUCUGGUCUUGCACCUGUAACUGCUUUUGAUGAUUUUCAGAGAGCACUGCAAGGACCAUUAUUUGCAUACAUCCAGGAGUUUCGUUUUCUGCCUCCUCCUCUAUAUUCAGAAGUGCUUCAUGAGGUGCCCUGGCUUCUCCAUCAUGCGAUUUCCUGGAGCUGCCGACCUGGAAGGUAAUUUUUUCUUGGCAACACUUUUCCCUAGUCUAAUACUUCCUGGAAAUUUGCAAAGUGUUGUUUGCCAUUUUAGAAACAUAAUUUUUAAAAAUUUAUAUUUUAAAAAUAAGGUUUCGACUCUGUAACCUCUGCUGCUUCGUAACAUUUUAUAGCAACCACUCAACUGUUUUGCCUGCGUUUAUGUUUAAAUUCUGUGAAUGUAGGUUUUUUAGAAGUUUCAUGUAGAAAAGCAAUGUAUUGGUAUUAAUUUAUGACUUAAGUUUUCUGAAGUUCACAGUUCUUCAACACUUUUGACCUUCACAAAACUAAAAAUGCAACCACCGAAUAACCAUGAAUGAGAUGUAAAUUUCAAAGCUUUUCAGGUUGUUUUUAUUUUCUUUUUCAAGAAAAAGAAGUGAUAUAGGACAAAUGAAAAAAAGUGUCCUCUGGCCAAAUUUUGUCUGAAUUGAUCCACUUUAGGAAAAUAGCAUUAUGUAGCACAAUUCCCCC